UUGAACCACACCAUUCUAAGAGUGAAAAAGGAAGAGAAGCAACGAGGACCCUUCGGCACAAGGAGUAGUGUCCAGUCAGAUUGUGUGACAGGAACAUUUUAAGGGGAGAAGACAAUGGAUAAAAGAUCAGAAAGGCUUGCACAACUAGGAGAAGAAUGCAAAGUAUUGAAAGGGAUCUUCAAACUCAACAACCCAAAAUACAAAGGGUUGACAUACAUAUGCGGAAAAACCAAAACUUUGCCAAGUAUUUUUCUCCUAGGAUGCUAUCAAUUGGUCCCAUCCACCAUGGCAAGGAGAAUCUCAGGCUAGGAGAGCAUUACAAGCUUAUUUGGACAGCAAUGUAUUUGAAGGAAAGCAAACAAAACCCUGAAGAUCUAUGUCAAAAAAUUGAACUACACAUUGAAGAAGUGAAGGGUUUUUACACUAAGGAAGCAAUUGGAGACUACAAUGACAACGACCUCGUGUGGAUGUUGUUUGUGGACGGAUGUUCUGUCCUUCAAAUCAUGCAAAAAUUGGACGCAGUGCAUCCAAAAAAACUGAGGAUUAAAUUUGACCAGCAAGAGCAUGUGAUCAUGGAUUUGCAUUUAUUGGAGAACCAAGUUCCAUACAAAGUUCUCGAGCUUUUGAGCAACAAUGAUGAGGCCAUGUUACUGCACUCCAUGUUCAACCUCGGAUUUGAUGGCUUUCUAAGUUAUAUUGUCUAUGAUUCCUUAAUCCCAUUCAAUGAUAGUGAAUCUUGGGCAAAAAUCUUCGAAAAGCUUCUCUCAGACGAAGAUCUACCACAAGCGAAGCGCAAACCAAAUCAUGUACUUGAUUUUGUGCGCUUAAUGUUCUUGAAAAUUGAUUAUAAAGAUCUUAUGGUGAACAAGAGUAAGCAAGAGAAUGAAAUCCCAAAAAAAGGUGAUGGUGAACAUAAGAUAGAUGUCAAAGGUCGUCAUAGUUCAUGGCUAACAUAUAAAAACAUAAGGGAACUCAAAGCAGCUGGAAUUCAAGUGCGAAAGAAUGAGACACUAUGCUUGAAUAAUGUCUCUUUUGUCUCCAAGUGGUUUUCUGGAGAGUUGACACUUCCUUGGUUUCAUGUUGAUGAGUUGUUCUUUUACAUCUACUUAAACAUGAUAGCAUACGAGAAGUGCCCAGAUUUUCAUUAUAACUACGAUAUAUGCUCCUACUUGGCCUUCUUAGACACUCUUGUUGAUGAUGCAAAUGAUCUGAAGGAGCUGAGAUUGGCAGGGGUGUGUCAAAACACGCUUGGGAGUGAUGAAGAAGUGGCCAAACUCUUGAAUUCUAUAGGGACUGAAUUGGCCAGCAAAGAAUUCUGCUUGCUCAGCACUGGAAUGAUGGCUUAUAAUGAGAAAUACACUCGAGUCAGAGAUGAAAUUAAAAAGCAUUGUAAUACCAAGUGGAAAACAUGGAUGGCUCAAGUUUAUAACACACAUUUCAGCAAUCCUUGGUCUAUAUGUGCCUUCUUGGCUGCAGCACUAGCACUUGUGCUCACUGCUAUCCAAACUUGGCUGGCCUUUCUCUCCAAUAAUUGACCUUAAUUUGUGGGAAUAUCAUUCAAGAUUGCAAUUGUGUGAGCUUAUAUUGAUUGUGUUCUCUAGGAUAUUUAUUCUUGUGAUUGUGUGUAACUUUUCAAAAGGGAGCAGAUCCUUUCAUCAUUUUCUUAAUUUCGCAUGAUUUGUAAUGUUCAUCCACUCAAGAACUAUUAAUAUUCUCCUUUCUUUUUUCUUUUUCAUUUUAAUUUGAA